AAAUUGCUAAUCGAAGCACCGCCGCCGAAAAAGUCAAUUGGCUCCGUUGUCUAGACGUUAUUAUUGUAUACGAACUUGGAAGCCAGAUUUUAAUUUCUAUUUUCUUUUUUCAAAUAUGACUACAAACAAUGAUGAACCGUUUGAAAAUGUUGAUCUCGACGAGGAAGAAGGCGAGGAACAAUUUGUUCCCACAAAUGCAGGACGCAAACGUCUGUUCAGCAAGGAAUUACGUUGUAUGAUGUACGGCUUUGGCGAUGACGAAAAUCCAUAUACCGAAAGUGUUGAUUUGCUAGAGGAUCUGGUUAUCGAAUUUAUAACAGAAAUGACGCAUCGUGCCAUGGAAAUAGGACGCACCGGAAGAGUACAAGUGGAGGAUAUCAUAUUCUUAGUUCGUAAAGACCCAAGAAAAUACGCCCGUGUUAAGGACCUGCUGACAAUGAAUGAGGAAUUGAAGAAGGCGAGAAAGGCUUUCGAUGAAAUUAAAUAUGUUGGAAGCGAGGCUAAAAUCAAAUGACAAAAAUCCAAAUAGUCAGUACCAGAAAUUGGUCUCAAAAGCGUGUUAUAUAUAAUACACCUAGUCUUAGACAACUUCUUACAAAUCAGUUAUAUGAGCAAAUCAACUUUUAGAUUACUCAGGUGUUCAUAAAUCGAUAUAAAAAUAAUAAAUUUUUUAAUAUUUUAUGCUAGAAUCCUUACAUUUAUAACGACAAUCUAUCUCCGAAAGUUUACAGAAGUAAAGUUUAAUUUAUUUUUCAUGAGAAUAAUUGAACACUAUACUCAAUACAUCACAGCGUUGGUCUGUUUCUGAACAGCAAAAAUAUAAAAGUUUUUACCACGA